GUGCGUGGUGCGCGGUACGCCGCAAGAUGUUCGCGAGCAUGUUCGUCGCGCGGAUGGUCGCGCUCGCCGUUCUAGCCGGCACUGUCACUGCCAGAGCUAAGGUGGCGGACGCGAGGAUCUACGUGGACGCGUCCUCGGAGACCGAGGAAUUGGAGGAGAUAGAGAAAAGAUACACCCAGGAACUGUUGAAGGAGUUCAGGUCAGCCAGCGAUGAUGCAAUCCUGCUCUUCAGCGAAUACUCCUCCAGGUCCGGGAGAGAUCUGAAGUUCUUCCUGAAGAACAUAUCCAUGCUGAGUUCGGAUACGAAAAAUACAAUGAAUCGGAGUUUAUUCGAUAAUGCGCCGUCAUCAUGUCGGGCACAAUUCGAUAGUCGCCUUCACAAGAUCGAGUUUGACGCGCACGUCGCCGCUAGCUUCAACGCGGAGAAUCACGAAAAGUUCUUACAAUCCCACAUGAUAGUGCUGAGAAUGCAUCUCAAUAAGAGUGCAUAA